AUGGAGGAGAGUGAGCCCAAGCCCGGCGAGGCGGCGGUGGCGGGGCAGCGGCAGCCCGAAUCCAGCCCCGGCGGCGGCUCGAGCGGCGGCGACUCGGAUACCGGCCGCCGCCGAGCUCCGAUCCUGCCCGCGGCCCUGCAGGCGCCGGGCAACCACCCGCAUCCGCACCGCAUCACCAACUUCUUCAUCGACAACAUCCUGCGGCCCGAGUUCGGCCGGCGAAAGGACCCGGGGACGAGCGGCGCGGGCGCGGGCGCGGGCGGCGGCAGAGGCGGCGGCGAAGGCGGCACCGGCGGCGCGGAGGGCGGCGGCGGCGAGCACCUCCCCGGCUCGAGCGCCCGCGAGCCCCGGCACAUCCCGCCGUGCGCGCCCGGGGCGGGCGGGGCCCUCCCCGCGGGCGGCCGCGACUCCCCGGGGCACGGGGAAGGCGCCUCCCAGACGCUCGCGCUGCACGGCGGCGCCAAGAGGGGCGGCGACCCCGGGGGUCCCCCGGACGGGGCUCUGAAGGCCCGGAGCUUGGGCGGCGGCGGCGACUUGUCGGUGAGCUCGGACUCGGACAGCUCGCAGGCCGGCGCCACGCUGGGCGCGCAGCCGAUGCUCUGGCCGGCCUGGGUCUACUGCACGCGCUACUCCGAUCGACCCUCGUCAGGCCCCAGGUCUCGCAAACCAAAGAAGAAGAACCUCAACAAAGAGGACAAGCGGCCUCGCACGGCCUUCACGGCGGAGCAGCUUCAGAGGCUCAAGGCAGAGUUCCAGACCAACCGCUACCUGACGGAGCAGCGGCGGCAGAGCCUGGCGCAGGAGCUCAGCCUCAACGAGUCGCAGAUCAAGAUCUGGUUCCAGAACAAGCGCGCCAAGAUCAAGAAGGCCACGGGCAACAAGAACACGCUGGCCGUGCACCUCAUGGCGCAGGGUCUGUACAACCACUCCACCACCGCCAAGGAGGGCAAGUCGGACAGCGAGUAGGGCGGCGGCGGUGGCGGCGGCGGGAGGGCUGCGCGAGCGCGCAGAGGCCAGGUCUCAGUCCGAGCAAACAAUGCAAUAAUUUAAAACAUUAACUAAAGGGCCAGUGUAUAAAGAUUAUACCAGCAUUAUUCGUAAAAGUAUCGUGUGGUUCUGCAAUAGUCUAUGUAUAUAUAAUUUACAGGUGGUGUAAAAUCCAAACUGUCUGACUAUAAAAUAUUUCUAAAGUUUUUUUUGCGUUUACAGAUUAUGCUAAUUUUAUGGGUUUUUGUUUGUUUUUGCAAAGGGGGCUUCUUAGGGUUUCAUCUUUUUUUAAUCCCCUGAGCUCCCUUCUGGGACAUCAGACACUUUUUUAAAUCAUUAUUAUUUCAACAGAAGAAGAAAAAUUUAAAAACCCAACUUGCUAAAGUCCAAAGAUUUUUAUUGCUGCAUUUCACACAACUGUGAACCCGAUAAAUAGCUCCUAUUUGGUCUGAGUUCUACCACUUUGUUUGUGUUCACUUGGUGAGGACAGCAGGAGGCUGGCCAAGCCUGGGCCACAACCCCCAGGUCUUCCUGGCCUUGCCAAAAGACCUGGCUGGGAAAGAGGACUCCCAGGUCCUUGAGUGAGUCUGGGGAAUGGCCUUGAGAAGUGACCUCUGAGUGACACCUGGCCCAGGCCCGCAGCCUCUCCAGGUCCCUCCUAGCUGACCUACUACUGUCUCUGUCCACUGCCUCCUGGCGGCACUGCCCUUGCCUCUGUGACUAUUCCCACACUUCUGUCUGUACCUGUGUCUCUGUCCCUGCCAGGGUGAUUUGUCAACACCCACUCUCCCACCUCAGGCCUGGCCUGGGCAGUGGAGCUUGGAGUUUCAGGACCCUGGCAUAUGGCCUGCACGCCCCACCGCUGGGGCAGCCCUCCCUCCCCCGGCCGGCUCUACAGCUCUACUGUACCGUGUCAGCCGCCAGAAGCCCCGCCAGGUCCUUGCUGAGAGCUGAAGAGGGAUUGGCGUUGUCUUCCUUUUCUUCCCCCUUUCCCUUUUUUCUUUUCCUUUUCCUUUUUUUUUUUUUUUUUUUUGGAAUGGCCAUUUUUGAUGUUGAAAAUACUCUUCCAAGAUACAUACGCGUCUGUGUGUAUACAUGUGUGCACACACGUGCGUAUGCAUGUGCACUGACACAUACCAGGCCUGUAUGAGGCUGAAAUUCUAGAACCUGUGGCCACUUUGACUUUCAAAGGACUCAGAACCCUACAGGAUCUAGAGAAAGGAAGAAAGUAUGUAAAUAGUCAUUUCUUUCUUAUCACUUUUUGUCCUUUCUUGUUUUUUUAAGAAAAUACACAUUUUAUUUUUUGAAGGUGUGGUACAGUGUAAAUUAAAUAUAUUCAAUAUAUUCCCCACCAAGAACAUAUAUAUAUAUAUAUGCCAACACUUUAUCUCUCUAUAUAACCCCACACUGUCUUCUGUUUAGUGUAUGGGAAAAGGAUGUCCAUAUGUCCAGCUGGUAGGGCCGGGCUGCUCAGGCUGAGUCAGCCGCCCCCCAGGACUGAGGGUAGACUUCUCUCUUUGCCUUAAACCUCUUUUAUUUCACUACAAUAAUAGUUUCACUUUGUACAUAAUAGUGUGAACCUUUUUGAAAAGGAAACUAUAAAGAUGAAAGUUGUAAUUUAAAAUUCUGUGCAUAACCAUCUGCUGCUUCAGAAACUCCAUGAAGUGACAUGCCUUUUUAGCAGGAAGUAAUAUUUUUAGUUUAUAAAACGUGCAUUUUACCACUUCCAGUAUCAAAUAUUUAUAAUCUUAUAAGAAAUGAAUGAAUGUUUCUAUUUACAACUGUGCUUAUCAAAAUUGUGAACGUUCCCAGCCCUGCAUUUUUGUGUGUUUAAAUUCUUGAAAGUUACAUGAAAUAAAAAGAAACACCUCUUUAUUA